UAUUUAUAUCUAGUAUGGGGGCAUAUUUAUUGUCUGACUGGACAAAGCUCACAGAUCAGGUCCAGGAAGUUCACGGACAGGAACACCCCAAGUACCAGCUGAAGAAUGUCUCCCAAGAAAGCAAAGAAGAGGGCAGAAGGAGCCAACUCCAAUGUAUUCUCCAUGUUUGAGCAGACCCAGAUUCAGGAAUUUAAGGAGGCAUUUACCAUCAUGGAUCAGAAUCGAGAUGGGUUCAUUGAUAAAGAAGAUCUCAGAGAUACCUUUGCAGCUUUAGGUCGUCUGAAUGUAAAGAAUGAAGAACUAGAAGAAAUGUUAAAAGAAGCUCCGGGGCCAAUCAAUUUUACUGUGUUCUUAACAAUGUUUGGAGAGAAGCUGAAAGGAGCGGAUCCAGAAGAAACAAUUCUAAAUGCUUUCAAGGUGUUUGACCCUGAAGGUAGUGGCCUUCUCAAAUCAGACUACAUAAGAGAUAUGCUUAUGACUCAGGCUGAGAGGUUCUCCAGUGAAGAGGUUGACCAGAUGUUCACAGCUUUCCCUCCUGAUGUGACUGGAAACUUAAACUACAAAAACCUUGUGCAUAUCAUCACCCAUGGUGAAGAGAAAGAAGAAUAAACAUUAAUCUUGACUUUUGCUUAA